CUUAUAUAUCUGUAUUCGCAUGGUAACAUAUUUUCCGGCUUCCUGAGCCACUGGACUCGCAGCAGCCCUCCAAGGAAGCCGGCAGGCCCCUGUGCGCCUCAGGGAUCCGACCUCCCACAGCCCCGGGGAGACCUUGCCUCUAAAGUUGCUGCCUUGGCAGCCUCUGCCACAACCGCGCAUCCUCAGAGCCAGCCGGGAGGAACUAGAACCUUCCCCGCGUUUCUUUCAGCAGUCCUGAGUCAGAGGCGGGCUGGCCUGGCGCAGCCGUCCCGCCCCCCAGCUCGUGGCCGGAUCCGUCAGAACCUUCUCCUGGGGUCAGCGCUGCGCCGGCAGCCCGGCUGAGUCAGCCCGGGCGGGCGGCUCUCAGACUGGCCCGGAAGGUGCGGGAAGGUUCGCGGUGGCGGGGGUUGGAGGAGGCUCAAAAGGAUAAAAAAAACCCGUGGAAGCGGAGCUGAGCAGCUCCGAGCCGGGCUGGCUGCAGAGAAACCACAGGGAGAGCCUCACUGCUGAGCGCCCCUUGACGGCGCAGCGGCAGCAGCGUCCGUGGCCUAGCGCAUCAGACAAGAAGCUUCAGCCAUGCAGGCCCCGCGGGAGCUCGCGGUGGGCAUCGGCCUGGGCACCACCUACUCGUGCGUGGGCGUGUUUCAGCAGGGUCACGUGGAGAUUCUGGCCAACGACCAGGGCAACCGCACCACGCCCAGCUACGUGGCCUUCACCGACACCCAGCGGCUGGUCGGGGACGCGGCCAAGAGCCAGGUGGCCCUGAACCCGCACAACACCGUGUUCGACGCCAAGCGGCUGAUCGGUCGCAAGUUCGCGGACACCACGGUGCAGUCCGACAUGAAGCACUGGCCCUUCCAAGUAGUGAGCGAGGGCGGCAAGCCCAAGGUGCGCGUGUCCUACCGCUGGGAGGACAAGAUGUUCUACCCCGAGGAGAUCUCGUCCAUGGUGCUGAGCAAGAUGAAGGAGACAGCCGAGGCCUAUCUGGGCCAGCCCCUGAAGCACGCGGUGCUCACCGUGCCGGCCUACUUCAAUGACUCGCAGCGCCAGGCCACCAAGGACGGGGCCAUCGCGGGGCUCAACGUGCUGCGGAUCAUCAAUGAGCCCACGGUGGCCACCAUCGCCUAUGGGCUGGACCGGCGGGGCGCGGGAGAGCUCAAUGUGCUCAUUUUUGGCCUGGGUGGGGGCACCUUCCACGUGUCAGUUCUCUCCUUUGACCCCGGUGUAUUUGAGGUGAAAGCCACUGCUGGAGAUACCCACCUGGGUGGAGAAGACUUGGACAACCGGCUGGUGAACCACUUCAUGGAAGAAUUCCGGGGGAAGCAUGGGAAGGACCUAAGUGGGAACAAGCGGGCCCUGCACAGGCUGCGCACGGCCUGUGAACGAGUCAAGCGCACCCUGUCCUCCAGCACCCAGGCCACCCUGGAGAUAGACUCCCUGUUCGAGGGCGUGGACUUCCACACGUCCAUCACUCGUGCCCGCUUUGAGGAACUGUGCUCAGACCUCUUCUGCAGUACCCUGGAUCUGGUGGAGAAGGCCCUGUGGGAUGGCAAGCUGGACAAGGCCCAGAUUCAUGACGUCGUCCUGGUAGGGGGCUCUACUCACAUCCCCAAGGUGCAGAAGUUGCUGCAGGACUUCUUCAGCAGCAAAGAGCUCAACAAGAGCAUUAACCCUGAUGAGGCUGUGGCCUAUGGGGCUGCUGUGCAGGUGGCCAUGUUGAUGGGGGACAAGUGUGAGAAAGUGCAGGAUCUCCUGCUGCUGGAUGUGGCUCCCCUGUCUCUGGGGCUGGAGACAGCAGGUCAGGUGAUGACCACGUUGAUCCAGAGGAAUGCCACUAUCCCCACCAUGCAGACCCAGACUUUCAUCACCUACUCAGACAACCAGCCUGGCGUCUUCAUCCAGGUGUAUGAGGGUGAGAGGGCCAUGACCAAGGACAACAACCUGCUGGGGUGUUUUGAACUCAGUGGCAUCCCUCCUGCCCCACGUGGAGUCCCCCAGAUAGAGGUGACCUUUGACAUUGAUGCUAAUGACAUCCUGAGCGUGACAGCUACUGACAGGAGCACAGGUAAGGCUAACAAGAUUACCAUCACCAAUGACAAGGGCCGGCUGAGCAAGGAGGAGGUGGAGAGGAUGGUUCCUGAAGCCGAGCAGUACAAGGCUGAGGAUGAGGCCCAGAGGGACAGAGUAUCUGCCAAAAACUCGCUGGAGGCCCAUGUCUUCCAUGUGAAAGGUUCUUUGCAAGAGGAAAGCCUUAGGAACAAGAUUCCCGAAGAGGACAGGCGCAAUGUGCAAGACAAGUGUCGGGAAGUCCUUGCCUGGCUGGAACACAACCAGCUGGCAGAGAAGGAGGAGUAUGAGCAUCAGAAGACGUAGCUGGAGCAAAUCUGUUGCUGCAUCUUCUCCAGGCUCUAUGGUGGGCCUGGUGUCCCUGGGGGUAGCAGUUGUGGUGCUCAAGCCUGUCAGGGGGACCUCAGCACUGGUCCCAUCAUUGAGGAGGUUGAUUGAACGGUCCUUCGUGGUAAGUCAGCUGUGACUGUCAGGGCUGUGGUAUUGAAGGGGUGGCCUGCCCCUCCACACCUGUGGGUGUUUCUCAUUAGGUGGAACGAGAGACUUGAGAAAAGAAAUAAGACACAGAGACAAAGUAUAGAGAAAGAAA